AACAAAAAAACAAGGCAAUUAUUCAAACAAAUACACUAAACGUGGCACAAACAGUCUGAACAGCUUUUCUGUUAUUUAUACAGGACAUGGCUGAGAUGCACGGCUCCAUUUCAGUCUUUAGCACCAAAACAAGUGGUUUUUUAUUUGUGAAUUUGCAUUUGUGGAUAUGAAAUGUAGCAACAAGUAGGAUGAGAUUCACCAGAAAGAAUGCAGCAUCCUUCUUCCCAAAGUCACUAAAAUAACCACAAAUGGCAUUUUUGUAGUACAGGGAAAAAUCUGAGCAAAUAUGAUCAACUUCUUUCCAGAGUUUAUGACCAGAACACAUGUGAAAUAGUUUCAGGAUGCAAACCACAAAAAGAGCAUUUCAAUGUCAUCCUUAAACGUAUUCAUUUGUGGGGUAAAACCUGUGGAGCAACUUCAAGGACACUGCUUUGAUUUUGUUAGUUAAAAGGAACUUGUGGGGUCGGGACCAGACUUUUUCCCAGUCGAUGUGAAAGUCAAACUUAUUCCAAUAGAAAGCUGCAGGAGGAGCAGAGCCUGGGUCAGCCUGGAGCAAAGACCUCACUUUAGAGUUUGAGGUUCUGUCGGUAGAAAAACAAAGUUCGCCUAAAGGCAGCUGCGGUGGAUCUGUCGGUGACACUGAUCAUGGUGGACAGAAAUCAGAUACCUUGCCGUUACUUUACCGCUGGCUUCUACGUUACAUUUUUUCAGUUUACGUAUUUUCCGUCUGUUGUCCCUUCAAAAUAAAAGCGCUUCCGUUUUACGUUAAAUAACGAAAUUAAAAGUAUAAAACAUGUCAUACGUAACAGAUUGAAGUUAACACAUGAACUACUGAAUGAUAGUAUUAAUAACAACAUUCAAUAAGUACCGACUCAGUAACACUGGAGUUACUGACAGUGAGUUCUGCUGUGAACACAUACAGCCAGUCAGCGAGCUUCUGUUAUAACAUGGUUACAAAACUACAGGAAGUGCUAACGUUAGCAGGGCAGGCUAACUCAACUCACCUGAAGCUCACAGUUGAAACCAGCGUGUGUCCGUGUGUGUGUGUCCGUGUGUCCCUGCGGCCUCACGGCGCCUCAUGCACACUGUUGUGUUGUACUUCUGAUCGUUGUUGUGUUGAUUUUCUGGCCGCUGUGUGUUUACAGAGCGCCGCUACGGUGGCUGGAGGAGCUCAACGCAUAAAGCGAAGCCUGUAUUUGAUUGGUCUUAUACUGGUCCUUUGACUCCCACAGAGCAGACUGUCAGGCAGGCAGCCUGAGGACAAAAAGGGAUUUAUGUAAAAGUCCGGCUCAUCUGUGGUUCUGUCCGAGCUGCAAAAACACAUGAAAAGAUGACACGACGAAGAGACGCCACCUUUCGGCUGAAAUGCGUUUAUUGUCUUUAAAGCCUGGCAGACCAAAUCCAGGAUUUCCCACCGCGGAGGUCAAGCUACGGCGGCCGUAAUGGAGCAACACAAUGCGAAGGUUUAAAUCAGUUCGGUGCAGGCUGCAAAUGUUUGGAGAUGUGUCGGUGUUUUCGAGUUUUUUUUUUUUUUUUUAGAACUGUAGUUCCCGAUGAAGGUUUUUUAAACGUUGCUCCGACGUUAUUUAAGUGGUUAGAAGCUGGCCGCCGUUAGCCUGGAGCGGCUAGCUGUUAGCUCCACGUCUGAAUGAAUUAAGACGGAGCGUUUCAGAUGGACUUCACGCUGGUUACUGGAGCUACCGGAGCUGGUUAGUGUUUACUAACCCCAAACCGGUAAACUACCUCUGCCACCACCGAACCGUCCGUUUGUUACCGGUCCACUCCGGUGUUCUUGUUGUUAGCGCGGUGCUAAGCUAGCUGGACGCUAACGGUGUGUCCGGGAUGGACAGUGCAGCUUUACCGGAAACACAACACGUCGAGCGGGCGAAGACGUUCUGGGCCGAGGAGGAUGUGGAUCAGGUGUUUGAAGGUGUCUAUGUGUACCUGGAUCAUCUGAAGAGGGUCCUGAAGGCCCACACGGCGACAGACAAAGAGUAUGUCCAGGCGCUGAGGCUGCUGGAGUGUCUGGAUUGUUCGUCCUCGGUGUGUCCGGCGGACCAGGACCCUUCGGUGGUCCAGGUGGUCAUCGGCUCAGGUAAGUUCCGUCUGAAGUGGCGGUGGCAGUGGGCGAGCAACAGUUUCACUGUGUUCUCGUCUGCAGAUGAGCUUCUGCCGACUGAGUUCUCCCAUUGCAGCCCGACCGCUGAUGGAACCGGCAGCUCUUCAGCACCUCCUGCAGGCCGGGAGGAGCUGCUGCCACCACUGCUGCCGGUGCAGCUGCAGUAUCAGCUGCACACCUGCUGCAAGGCCUGCCUGCCCAGUUUACCCAGCAUGCCUCAGUCCAUGCCUCCGUUCUGGGGUCAGAACCCGCUGAAGGUUCCGCUGCUCUGCGGUUUUAAGAGGCUGAGCGCCGUGCCGCUGAUGUCGCUGCCUGGAGGGGGCGGGGCCUGUGAGGACGAGGGCGUUGCCUACGACUGGGAUGUCAUCUACAAAGCACCGUGUGGGCGGAGCCUCCGUAACCAUGACGAUGUCAUGCGUUUCCUGCUGGCAACGGAGAGCUACGAUGUCUUGCAGGUCGACUUCUUCACCUUCAGCGCCGCCGUCCGGUUGGACCCUCCUCCGACGGCGGGCCCUCGGCGCCCGGAGCAGGACCUGAGCCGGGGGGCGGAGCCGACGCCGGUGGAGCUCUGCAUCGGAGACGGCGGUGUCCGCCCGGCCGACUUCCGGUACCGGAAGGACCGCUGGCCACAUGGCUGCUUUCUGAGCCGCAGCCCGGCACUGUUCGACGCCUGCUGCGACUGUCUGGACGGCUGCAGCAACGCCCGCAGCUGCGCCUGCGUCGCCAUGACCAGUGGGGGGCGCCGCUACAGCCACCACAGGCUGCUGGAGCCGGUUCUGACGGGGCUGUAUGAAUGUGGGCCGUGGUGCGGCUGCGACCGGGCUCGCUGUCAGAACCGGCUGGUCCAACGAGGCGUCCGGGUCCGGCUGCAGGUCUUCCAGACUCUGGACCGCGGCUGGGGCGUCCGUUGCCGUGAUGACUUGGACCGCGGCACCUUCGUGUGCAUCUACGCCGGCGUGGUGCUGCAGCGCGUCCCGAGUCUCGCUGAGCCGCCGCCGCCGAAGCUGACCCGGGCCGACCUGCCGUCGGAUGACGAGGUGGAGGUGGUGACGGAGUGGCUGGCGCCGCCGGUGCUGGAGGGGCGGAGCAACCUGCUGGAGACACCGCCGCCCACGUCCCCGCCCACCUCCCCGCCGCUGCACGUCCCGGUGAUCCAGAGACACGCCGACACCGCCGCCACGCCCCCGGACCGGGACAAGGUUCAGAUGGUGCUGGUGGGAGGAGCAGAGCCCACGUCGCCUUCAGCAGGUGACCAGGACCAGAAGGUUUCCAUGGCGACGGUGCUGCAGGUCAGAACGAAGACAAACGUCCAGAAGAGCUUAAAGAGGACGAUGGACGACGUCUGUCUGAUCGACGCCAGCAGGGAGGGAAACGUGGGCCGCUUCAUCAACCACAGCUGCCAGCCCAACCUGUUCGUGCAGAACGUCUUCACGGACUCCCAUGACCCCGCCUUCCCCGUCGUGGCCUUCUUCACCAGCAGGGCGGUGGCGGCCGGCACCGAGCUCACCUGGGAUUACUGUGCUGACACGCCGACGUCCUCGCCACCGCAGCAGCAGGAAGUGCAUUGUCUCUGUGGCACCGACGACUGCCGGCGGCGGAUCGCCGUCUGGGACAAUCUGUGCGACGGUCGAAUGGCGGCGGAGGCACAGAUGACUCAGACCGAUCGGAACAAGUGAUUUUUUUUACUGAAUUUUGUAAUAAAACGUUAAAUCAGCUCAGAGA